AUGUAUUUAUUCAUGGCAACUGACAAAGAUGAUUCAACAGAUGAGGCCUUCACAGGUAUCCUUAAAAAAGACAACUUUCCAAAGAAAUUUUUUAUACGCGUAAAAAGACAGACCAGCAAAAGAAUCGAAAGUGCCCCCACCUGUCUUCACCAAACCAAAGAUCCAAAAAUUAACAGAGACAAGAUCUGAAACUGCUAUUUUUAAAUCAGUCUAUUCCUGUGUGAAAAGAAUAGAAUCUAAAGUGGAAACUGUUAUGAAGGAGAUUAAGGACCAAAUAUAA